CUUCCGCCCCACGUGGUGUAGCCGGCGAGCACACCCUGUCCGCGCUCCGCGCCCGACUCCUCCGAAGAUAUCCGCGUGGGCUCGUCCCGACCCUCGGGCCAUGGGAAACCCAAAGAGGAAAGCCCUUACAGAACAGGGACAGGCGUCCUCGUCCGGCCCUGUGAAGAGGCCUCGCGGGGAAGACUUCACUGGGCAGCAGUUUAAAGCUCAGCUCAAAGACCCUCAAACUGUGGUGUCAGCUUUGGAAACUUUUAUCUCUGUUGCCAGAAUGUUACCACAAACUGGACUAUAUGAUGUCGUGGAAGGAUAUAUAAAAAUUUCUGUUGAGUGUUCAGAAAUUUUCCAACUUUUAAGUGGAGAGAAAAGAACUGAACAUGAAAGGAUAUUAAUAUUUAAAACUUUAGAAGCCAUAUUACUGCGAACAGCAGGUGAUCUUUCUCAUUUUCAUGUUGUGGGAACCAACAUCAUGAAGAAAGUUAUGAAUAGCCAUAUGAAGCUGAUUUAUGAAUCACUGAAUGCUUCAAGUUACAAAAUGAGUCAAACCUGCUUGAACCUCAUGUCAGCUAUGGUGGCACAAGGUCCAGAUGCUGCCAGGGAUUUCUAUAGUCGUUUUGACUUCAAUAAAAACUCGUUGUAUGGUUUGGUGAAAAUAAGAAGUCCAAAGGGGCUACCAGAUGUUCGAUUGGCAUAUAUCCAGUUUGCCCUUUCCUUCUUAAUUGCUGGUGAUGAUAAUACCAUAGCACGAGUGUUGGAGUUAAAAGAAUUCCUCCCUGUCAUUUUUGGCACGGGCUUAAAGGAAGACAGAAUUUCUACUAUCAAUCUUUUGUUGUCCACCCUGAAAACCAAGGUGGUUCACAACAUUGGUGUCUCAAAAACUCAGAAAGUUCGUUUCUUUACUGGGUAUUUGUUAAAUAAUGUGGCUUCUCUCUAUCGUUGGAAUGGAAUUGCUGAUGUCAGCACAGAGAAUGGCAAGCCUACUGAAGAAGCAGCCAAGACCAUGGUCAGGGAACUGGUUCACAACUUCUUAAUGGACCUUUGCUGUUCUCUGAAGCAUGGCAUUAACUUCUAUGAUGCAUCUCUUGGUACUCUGGGCAGAGGAGGGAACUUGACUCUCUUGAACUUCUUACUGGGUUUGAAGACAGCAGCAGAUGAUGACAUGGUGGCUGAGCUUGUAGUGAACAUCCUAAAAGUGUGCCCAGACUUACUCACAAAGUACUUUAAGGAGGUGACCUAUUCCUUUGUUCCAAGGAUGAAGUCGGCUUGGUUAAACAAUAUCAGGCUUCUAAGGAAGAUUUUUGAAGCUCAGCCAGAGAUUUCCCCAGCAUUUAAAACCAAAGAGUUUAUACCCUUGUCUAGAUUGCUUUCCAUGGUCAUGGUGACAACAGUUCCCAGUGUGUGCAACAAAAUCAUGUUUACUCAAGGAUUAAAAUUGGAAAACAAAUCAGUAAAUCACACGAUUUUAUCACUUAUUUCCACCAUUUUGAAGAGAGCAUUAAAAAAUAUUGGUCAUUGUCUCAAUAAGGAUGUAUGGCAGGAGUCAAGCAUCUACACUCCUGAAAUGAUGGAGGAAUUUGUGCAUCUGUACAGAGAAGCUGUGAGCAAGCUUUUACCAGAUCUGAACAAUAUUGUAUGUGUGUGGCAAUCACUUGGAAAGCAAAAAGCAGGUGAAGAUGGUGGGUUAGAAAAGAAAAGUUCACUUGAGGAUGAAAUGACUGAAACUAGAGAAGCAGAUCACAAACAUGAUGAUGCAGAAACAACUCUUUUGAAGGCUAUUUUACUUCAGGUCAUUUGUCUUUACCAGAUGGUGGUUCCCCAUGUUGUCAUCCAAUGUACAUUUGACUUCAGCAAGCUUCUAAAAGGUAUCAUUUCAGAAGAGGGAUUUCAAGAGGAAGUUCCUCCUGUUCUUCAGUACUGUAUUCUGAAGGUGGCCCUGGAAUUGCCUGCCAGCAAAUUUGCCUGGUUAAAAGGACAGGAAAGUCUAAAUGGUGGGGAAAGAUCUGUAUUUUAUUUGCUGAUGAAAAUGUUUGUAACAAGUAAACACUCACAGCUCAAAGCAUCAACAAAGCAAUUGAUUAUGAAGAUUUUACGUGACACUGGAGUAUUUGAGUACACAUGGAAGGAACUAGAGCUGUGGUUGGAACAGUUAGAUAACACAGCAGAAGAGGGAAAAGAAGUAGUGAUUCAGUUUUUGGAAUGUGUUUUGUUGCAGUUGGUAACAAAUCCUUAUUCAUACACAGAUAAGGCGGCUGACUUUGUUCAAGAAGCCAGUACACUGCAAGCUACUAUGAUGAAGCAAGAUGCUGAUAAUGUUAGCAUACCUAUAUCCCACAUUGAUGAUAUCCUGGAUAUGGUGGAUGUCCUCAUGGAGGACAGCGAAGGCUUAGAUGAGGAAAUUGGGUUCUCAUUAAGUGAAGAUAUGAUCCUGAUGACGUUCCCUUUUAGUGCCAUAGUUCCUGCUGCUCUGGACAGCAGGAAUAGAUCGCUUCUUGGGACUGGACAUGAUUCAGGAGAAAGCAUACUGGCAUAUCUCAUAGCUGUUCUGACAGACCUCCUACAUACACAAAGAGAUCCUUUGGCUCUUUGUCUGAUGCUUCAGUCUUAUGACAAUUUGCAACUUUCAAGCACAUCUUUGUGUGCUCGGCUUUGCCAAUUCAACAAAUACUACAGCCUGUGGAUACCUAAGCAAGCCAGAGAAACUUUGGAAUUUCAAGCUGCCAGACCCACUGAGGCAUCACUUGUGGUUGGCUCUGCCUUUUCCAUCUUGUUAACAGGUACUUAUGAGAAGGGGAGCACCCUCCUCUUAGAAGAGGAUGUCCAGGGGAAGCUGAGAGAAAGGAUUGCUCAGCUCCCGAUGCAGCAGAUACUGCUUUCUGUGAAGCAGGUGAUGCUGUAUCUCAGAACCACUGUGGAGAACUUUGCCAAGCUUGGUAAAAGUUCAGGUCCUGCACUGCUUCAGCUCUUCAUGAAUUUACUCAGCCACCUGUUGAGCCGUUGUUUUCAGUUGGAUACAUGUAACCAACAGAAAUGUGAAGCUGCUCAGGCUGAAUCUGCUAUCUUUUUGGAUGAAGAGUCCUUGGCCACACUGGAAUUAGCCAAUGAUAAGACCCUUGAAGAUGUAUUGAUGGUGAUCUUCAGACACCCCACCUUGGAGAGCUGGUACUUGGCCUUGGAGCAGCAGACUCUUCCCUCACAUGCCCUCAAUCCAGUUCUCGUAAAGCUCCUAGCAACUCACUUGAAUGCUGGGGUCCUCUCACUGCUGAAAGUGAGCGCCCCAAUUCUGCAGGACAUGCAUCACAUGGACAUCCUUUCAAAGUAUUUGGAAGCCAUUACUAAGAGUGUCUUGAAGGAACUACAGACCCUGAGGACAGGCCCUCCCACUGCAUAUGGGAAACCCUCAACUCAGAUAGAGGCUUUGUACCAACUACAUCCCUACAUGGAUGGAGCCCAGCUUAGGGACAUUAUACUUGCCCUCCUGGCCCUUCCCAAACUGACCCUCUUGGGUCAGAGAUCUAAGAAAUCUCCCCAAAAAGGAAAACAUCUGAGCUUCCUAGGAGAGAUCCUCAAACAGCUGAUCACUGGAUGCCACCAGAAACAACCCCAGCAAGGAGAAUUACAGUUGUCCCUGGAAUAUGUGAAGGGAAUGAGUGCCCUACUGCCUGCACUGGGCAUUGAAGAGCUGGAGACUGUGUUCUUUCAAGCUUUACAGAAAGACCCAGUUCUGGUCCAUGUAGUUGAGUUAGAUUUAUUGACCUACUGUCUAAAUCGUAAGACAGAAACUUCUCUUUCCAUUGUAGCUUUGUUGAUUCAGCAAAGUAGUACCCACCUGCUAUACUUUGAGUUGUGGUGUUUGCAGGACCUAGGGCCCUGCCUUCCAGAAAACAUCAGCCUCUUUCUUCCACUCCUCCAUACCUAUUUGCAGUCUUGUAUGCAGGGAGACUUUACACGUCCAUCCAAAGUGUCUAGAGGUGUCAUGAAUGUGUUGAGAAAGGCCCUGUGGAGAGAGCUUCAAAACAAUCUUUUAGGAGAUGGUCCUCAGGGUCUUGGGAUGCAAGAAGAAGUCCUUUCUAAAUUGGUUCCUUAUUCAAGAGCAAAGGAGCUUAAACUCCUCAUAGACCAGCUGCCCGUCAUUCUUCAAAGGCCAGAGAAAUCCAGGAGCUGGAUUGUAUCAGAUUCCAUGUCAUUAGUACUGGAAAAAUCUGUGGAAGAGCUGGAUGUUUGGAAAAAGACUUUGUUGGGGUCGUGUAUAAAAUGGCUAAUAGCCUCAUACAGCAGUGGUAACAAAGAAGAAAAAACCCAGGAUGCAGAGAAGUCUAUGUUGUCACGACUUACCGAGUUAUUGCACUCAGCUAAUGAAGUGGAUCCUGUUGAUUGGCAGAAGUUUGUGAAGACAGGGCUUAAGUUCCACUAUCAGGAUUACACAUUUUUAAAGACUCUACAUGCUUGUAUACAGCUCUUAUAUAAGCCUGAAAAUUCCCUUUGCAAAAAGUUAAUCCAGCUACCACUAAUGUACGUGAUGAUCACACAGCACUCUAUGUUUUUGCCAACCAUAUUGCAAUCAACAGAAGAUGACAGAAACAUCCAAGUAAAAGAAGUGUUAAUAGACCUAAUAUCAACUAUCGUAAAACUUUGUCCUUGUGUCUGUGAAAGCAGCCACUUUGCAGUGCUACUGGGAGGCUAUGGUGCAACCCUCAGUGUCCUGGAUCAGAAGAUAUUGCUUCUUCUGAGACUGUAUGAAAAGAAUGAUCUGAGCCUCAUAAACUUCAGAAUGCUGCUGUGGGGCCAUGCUGCUGUGGAACAUCAGAAGACGUGUAAGAGCAUGGGAAAGUCACUAUGGCAGCAACCAAGUGUGGGAGAAAUUUUGUGUCUCCUGGAUCGAGAGAAGAUGAUGAAGACCAUUCUUCACUUCCCGCAGAAUCGAAGACUUGUGCUAAAGGAGGAUGCACAGGAUAUAUUUAAAGACAAGAGCAAAGUAGAUUUCGAUGAACUUUAUGACCCCUGUUUUCUACUUCACCUCUUCAGUGAAAUUACCAGACCAGAAUUUGUUGUGGAUUGUCACAAAUUUGUUGAUUCCAAUGCCCUGGGCCUCACAGUUUCUGCCCUUAGCAGUUAUGAUCCUCAGAUGCGAGCAGCAGCUUAUUAUGUCUUGGCUUCCUAUUAUUCCCAUUUGGAAGGGGCUCGAUUUCGAGAACAGCCACAGCUGCUCUAUCUCUUGGACAUAGUGCAAAAUGGAAUCAGAAAACAGAACCUCAGAUUCACCUACACCUUGACUCUCUUUAUUGCCAAAACUGCCUUGCAGAUUCUGAAACCAGAGGAGCACAUGUACAUGAAGAUAAACAAAUUCCUUUUGUCACAUCAAGACUUAUACUUGAACAAGGUGCCGGGAUUCUAUAACUGUUUCUACAGCUCUGACUUAGAGUAUAGAGUAGAACAAGAGUGGAUAUUUGAACUUCUGAGGCAAGGAAUUCGAGACACGCACUGCUAUGAUUUGUAUUCCUCUCAGAGGAUUUUCCAUAUCAUCCUGACCUUCUUCAAUAGCCCAUUGUGUGAUGAAACAAUGCAGAACUGGAUUCUAGAAAUCCUCCAGAAUGCUGCCCAUAUUACAAAAGCUGCCUUUGAAAUUGUGCAGGAACAUAGCCUUUUAACUUGGAUUUUGCAUAUCCUUGGGACAAAGUUUUUGGAAAAGAUCCUAUCCAACAUUAUAUCCUUGCUGCAUACUCUGUGGGUAUCCAACUUGGGUAAUAAAAGAAUGGAGAUACAGGAUGACCAUCCCUGUGAGCUUGUGGCUCCACAGUCACCAAAGCUGCUUCCUCUACAGUUUGUCAAUGAAUUCCUCUACAUUUUGAUUGUGUUGGUGAAAUAUCUUCGGCCCACCUUGGAUUCUGUCCAGAUUACUCACUUUUUUAGUACUUUAAGCUCUGUGCUGAGGUACCGAGAAACUGUUUUAGAAGCCUUCAAGGAAAUGGAUCGACUGACGGUGAAUGAAAAUGUGUUUUCUACCAAGGAUGUCCUCAUGCUCUUGCAUAAGUGGAGCAUAAUUAUGGGAGAUGUUAAGCUCCAAGAAGACCUGAAAACAAUGAUUGAAAAAUACCAAGUCAAGGAAUUAAUGAAAAUUAUUAAAGAUAGGAACAAGCCCCCUGCAGCAGCUCGAUCUAAAGCCCAGCGUAACAAAAAGAAGAUGGAGGUGGUUCCAGAGGAGACAACUGAUCCAGAGUUAAAGGCUUCCAGCCUAAAGAAGUGCAGGGCUCUGCUGAGGUCUGUAUUGACCCACUGGGAGCCCGUCUUCCCAGUAGCAGAGACAGAGCCAAAGCAAGAGCACAUCCACUUAGCUCCUCGCCCUGAGAGUGAAGCAGUGGGGCUUGUUGGUGCCACUGCUGUUCUGGUGGCCAGAUGGGAAAUCGGCUCUCUGAUUGACCCAACACUCGAUGUCCAGGGUGUUUCAGAAGUCCUCAGGUGGUUUAAAAGCAGCAUUUUGCCAUACCAGAUGGUUAUCACAGAACUUCUCAGAGAUGUUGUGUGGAGAAAUAGCAUUUUUAAGCUGUAUAGCCAGUUUUCCAGUGCCAGAGAACUGAAGGCAGCCACUCAGAGUGUCCUCUGCCUCUUCAAUACAGUCAUGCUUCACUUGAUGGCAUCCCAGGGCCCAAUAGAGAACUCUUUUCAUGAAGUACUAGAAACAAUUGCUCUUUCUUCUACAGAUGAAGAAGACAAAAGAAAACAAGCUGCUGCAGUGUUCCUGGUAUCUCUUUAUAUUAAAGACAUCUGGCCAGGAGCAAAGCCAGUAAAUACAUUCCUGGCCCACAUCCGAAUGAUCUGUGAUGCUACAGAGUUGUUCAGUGGGGAUGAAGGGAAGACUCGGGAACAAGAAGAAGCAAUAGUAACACUGUGUGAGAACAUCACUGUUGCUACCUGAGGCCAUUAAUUUUGUGUAGAACAUAGAGCUUUGUAUAUUAAUAAAAUUUGGUUUUUAUAGGG